CUUUCUUCGCUCUCAAGCCCUUUCAGGCAGUCAGGCAGCAUCUUUUUUCAAAGAUCCUCAGCCGCUCAUCAAAUCAUAAAAGUAUAUGGUAUGGACAUGUGGAUCUACCUGUCCACUAUGGAGCAGCACAACAGCGAUUGGCUUUCUUUCUGAUGAUGAAGUCAAAGAGCGAGCAUUAAGUGGUCAUCUUAUGAUGACCGUGCUGGCCGGGUGGAAGGCUGUGCCGGACUACCCGUCGAGUCUACGAGUCUACUGCUGGGCUAGACUAGACUUCCAGGUAAGCUGGGCAUCAGAUUGACUCCAGUAGUCUAGUUAUUUAGUUAGUCAGUCACUCAGUCAGUCCGUUCCUUAGUUAAGUUAUGAGUAACUAGACUAGCUAUUAGUGUCAGUGUCUCUAGACACUGAACCAGAUGGGCGUCAGACGU